GUGGGGAAUUCUCUAUCAAGCAGCUACCUGGUGGAUAACGGUACACAGCAGGGGAGUGUGAUUAGACUUCUGUUCUCAAUUAUGGUCAAUGAUGUUUACUCUCAGGUAUGGCCGGAUAUUGGGAGGUCGUUAUUUUCAGAUGAUGGGGAAGAAAUGUGCCAUACAUAGCCAGCAAGGUACAGGAAGCAAUUGACAAGGUAGAGCGGUGGGCAUUAAUGUGAUGAUUCAGGUUCUCUGUAGAGAACUCACUUUACCAGGAGGAAGGUGGGAGAUGUGGUAUGUUUGAGGUCAUAUGAAAAAUAACUUGUAGAGGAUGGGGUCCUUCCGGUUCCUUGGGGUGUACUUUGACACGAGACUGACCUGCGCAGAACACAUUGACAGCGUGGUGGGAAAGUGAGAAGGUGCUAAAUGUGACGUGCUGUCUGACUGGGAAGGAGUGGGGGGCUGGGCGUUCCUCAUUGAGGACUGUGUAUGUUGCAUUGAUCCGAUCUGUAAUAGACUAUGGCAGUGUAGAGUAUGGUUCGGCAGCUCGGACCUCCUUGGAAAGGCUAGAUGUCAUACAAGGACUCUAUGUAGUGGGAUGUUUCAGACGUCCCCAGUGACUGCGCUACAGGUGGAGAUGGGGGAUAUGCCCCCAGUGGCUGGCACUACAGGUGGAGAUGGGGGAUAUGCCCCCAGUGGCUGGCACUACAGGUGGAGAUGGGGGAUAUGCCCCCAGUGGCUGGCACUACAGGUGGAGAUGGGGGAUAUGCCCCCAGUGGCUGGCACUACAGGUGGAGAUGGGGGAUAUGCCCCCAGUGGCUGGCACUACAGGUGGAGAUGGGGGAUAUGCCCCCAGUGGCUGGCACUACAGGUGGAGAUGGGGGAUAUGCCCCCAGUGGCUGGCACUACAGGUAGAGAUGGGGGAUAUGCCCCCAGUGGCUGGCAAAACAGGUGGAGAUGGGGGAUAUGCCCCCAGUGGCUGGCACUACAGGUGGAGAUGGGGGAUAUGCCCCCAGUGGCUGGCACUACAGGUGGAGAUGGGGGAUAUGCCCCCAGUGGCUGGCACUACAGGUGGAGAUGGGGGAUAUGCCCCCAGUGGCUGGCACUACAGGUGGAGAUGGGGGAUAUGCCCCCAGUGGCUGGCACUACAGGUGGAGAUGGGGGAUAUGCCCCCAGUGGCUGGCACUACAGGUGGAGAUGGGGGAUAUGCCAUUGCAGAUUAGGAGACAGCAGCUGGCAAUUAAUUAUUGGGUCAACCUACAGGGACAUGGGGUGUCUCAUCCUGCAAAAGGGAUUUUACAGGCAUGCUGGGAACAUGAGCGAGGACAGAAUAUGAACUUUGGGUGGGUAAUACCCAGGCAAGGGGGAGAUGGGACUGUAUGGAGGGCAGUUUAGUCCAACGUUAGCUAUUCCUGUAAAUCCACCAUGGCUACUCCCGGCUCCAGUAGUUGAUCAAGAAGUGUUGGAGAGACUAUAGAAAGAUAUGAAGCGUGUUGAUCCAUCUGAUUUGUCUAAGAGACGUCUGGAUACUGUGUGUCGGGAUUUUGUGGCCCUUUACACAGAUGGUUCGAAAGAUCCAAGGACAGGAUGCACUGGGUCAUCAUUUGUAGUGCAGGAAUGGGCGGAACGUAUGUACAGAUCAUCUGGCUGUAUAUACGGAGGAGCUGAUGGCCAUACCGUUGGACUUGAAGUGUGUGGAGGAAGUCAAUCAUUUAGCUCACGUAGCAGACAAGACCUGCUUUGAGGUACUACAAACCCAUGGCAGGAUAAGACAGAUGGUUAUACAGAUAAUAUCUACUUGUUUCCCAGCCCAUGUGAGGUUGGAGGGGAACGAGGCAGUUGAUGUACUGGCUAAACAAGCACUUAGUAGUAGGGAUGUUUGAUGUUGUAGUUUCAAUGAGCACAGCAGAGGUAAAAAAGCCUGAUAUGGACAGUGAUGGUGCAGCGAUGGCAGGAGUAGUGGAAUAGAUACUAAGGGGAGGACAGCAGGAAGGGAGACUAUUUUUACAAGAUUAAAGGUGGGACACAGCCAGUUGAAUAGGUCCUUAAAUGUGAUAGGAAAGCAUCCAACAGGAAAGUGUGAUUAUUGCCAGGAAACAGACAGUUGAGCAUGUAUUGCUCCAGUCUGGGCAGAAUCAGAGGGUAAGAGAGAGGCUUAGAUCUAGUUUGAGGGAGAAGGGGAUACAGGAAAUUAGUUUAAAUGCUCCAGUACAGUAGGUGGUGGCAAUGCACCAUAACGUUGGAUGCCAACCUCAGAUAAAACCCACCGAACAAAAAGACAGCACAUCGUGUCUACCCCACUCUCUGAGGGGUCGGCUGAAAACGGAUGUUUCCGGUUUGCACAGAUACAGUAUUUAACCUAACUUCCAUUUCCCCUGAAAAACAGUUGUUGGGAUUCCGCUCUGGUGUGUUUUUACGUCAGCUACGUUAGGCUAUAGCUCCCCAAACAACAAUUUCCAACAUGGACUGUUUUCUCUACGUUGCUCCAAUAUGUUAAUCAGGAUCAUAACCCACU